AUGCGGGCUUCACUCCUUUGUUCCGCCCUGCUUGCAGCCAUUGCCUUUCCGCUCAUUGGAAACAGCCUGGCAAUCCUUGCCUCAUCUCACUCAUUUAAAAACCAGCUUGAGGGAAGAGACGAUCUUGAGAAGAGAGAUGAGCUCGACAAACCUCCGAUAUACCCGCCAUUUUCCGAAGACACGCAAAACAAGCACCUACGUUUUGACUACCCCCGGAUGCAUUGGAGAUCAAGACCAUGGGAAGAGGGCUACUACCCCAUUCACUGCGUUCAUGAAGCCCAGUUCAACAACUUUUGGAUUCUAGACUUUCAAGUCCGAGAUGUGUGGUUCGAAGACUGCGGCGUCCCGUGGACGGUGUGUAGACACAAGGAUGCAAAGGAAAAGUGGUAUAGCAUCUUGGAUACCCUCAGCCAAGUCCCCGUAGGCAUGCGCCAGUACGUCGCCAACCUGGUCAUCCUGCCCGGCCCCAUCGAUGGCGGACAGGGCUCCACCAUCCAAGCUGCGGCCUACACCCGCGGCUCCGUUUUGGUUUUCUCUCCCACUUACUUCAAGCUUGGUGUCUUAUUCCAUGAGAUCACCCACAUCAUGGACAUGGUAGCCCUCGCCCCGUUCCUCGAGAGUCAAGGGUUUCCCGAGGGAACGCCCUUCUCGAGAACAAAGUAUUGGAAGUACGCCUACGGAAACGACACCGCCGUGCCAACUCCUUACUCUAGGGCGUCGUGGCAGGAAGACUUUGCCGAUGCGGGGAGGUGGGCGAUGAGUGACAUCAGCAGGUACAGAGGGUUGCGGGAGUACAGCAAGGGUUGGGGGGCGUGCAGGACGCAGAUUCGGGCCUUCCAGUGGUGGAUGAUGCCGAAGAUUUUUCCAAAGAAGGGGAUAUGCACCGGCAAGGUAGAGGGUGGCUACGCGGUGAAGGUGGUGGUGGUAGAGGGACAGAAUCCAUUGGUUUCUCUUUUCCAACCAGGGUCUGAGAGUCGGGAGGAAGGCAGGAAAAGGCCAAAUACCAAGGUGGCAGGGUCAGGCGUGGCACCCAUUGUGCUGCCAGCUGGUGCUGCCAACAUGUUCUUUGCUUACCACGGGGCUUGA